GUAAGAGCAAGUCAAAGUCCGUCAGCUUCUUCUUCUUCUUCUUCACACUCACCUGCCCUUAAUUCUCACCUAACCAUAAAAUCAAAUUAAUUCCAUUUUGAUCUCAAUCAAUUCUUAUCAAUCUUUUUCUUUUCUUUAAAAGUUCAGCUGCAAAAAAGCUAUGCCUAUGCUUGUUAAUUGUUCUAACUGUCGCACUCCGUUACAGCUACCGCCCGGCGCCAAGUCUAUUCGCUGCGCAAUCUGUCGCGCGAUCACUCUCAUCGCUGAUCCUCACUCUGCCCCUCCACCGCCACAUCACUCUACUUUUGGUCGGUCUCAAGCUGUUUCUUCUUCCUCAUACAGCAACGCGCCGUCGAGUCCGUCUUCCCCCCAUGGCUCCAAGCGUGCCGUGAUAUGCGGGGUGUCGUAUAGAAACACGAAGAAUGAGCUGAAGGGAUGUAUUAAUGAUGCUAAGUGUAUGAAGUACUUGCUGAUUAAUAAGUUUAAGUUUCCCGAAUCUUCCAUUCUCAUGCUCACUGAAGAAGAAACUGAUCCAUUUAGGAGGCCAACCAAGCACAAUAUGAGAAUGGCAUUGUUUUGGCUAGUGCAGGGUUGUCGUCCGGGGGAUUCGUUAGUGUUUCACUUUUCUGGGCACGGUUCACAGCAGAGGAAUUACUCGGGAGAUGAGGUGGAUGGAUAUGAUGAAACACUUUGUCCCACUGAUUUUGAAUCUCAGGGAAUGAUUGUGGAUGAUGAGAUCAAUGCAACCAUCGUCAGGCCUCUCCCACGCGGGGUUAAACUUCAUGCUAUUAUAGAUGCCUGUCAUAGCGGCACUGUCUUGGACUUGCCUUAUCAAUGCAGAAUGGACAGGAAUGGAAGGUAUAGUUGGGAAGACCAUCGCCCUCGAUCAGGUGUAUGGAAAGGGACAAAUGGUGGCGAAGCAAUCUCCUUUAGUGGUUGCGAUGACAAUCAAACCUCUGCUGACACUUCGGCUCUAUCGAAAAUUACUUCAACAGGUGCAAUGACUUACUCUUUCAUCCAAGCCAUUGAGCGUGGACAUGCAACUACAUAUGGAAAUAUGUUAAAGGCAAUGCGCUCCACCAUUAAAAAUGCAGACCCUGCGGUUGAUGGUAUCGUAACUUCUCUUAUCUCAAUGCUUUUAACUGGCGGAAGCCUUAUUGGCGGGUUAAGACAGGAACCACAGUUAACUGCCAAUGAACCAUUCGAUGUGUAUUCAAAACCGUUCUCUUUGUAACAAGCAAAAGUUUUGUUCGAUCUUCUUAUAGCUUCUUAUCUGAUUGAGGGUUCAUGUACAGGUGUUUAGUAUAAACGAAUUCCAUCAUUUGAUUCUCUAUUUAUUGAAUUAAAAAUGUAUAAGGUCUUCCAAUUUCAUUACAAAUAUACAAUCAUUAUAUUCUCGAA